AUGGAGAAAAGAGGUGAAUGCGAUGGGAAAUUAGAGCAGCUUGGAAGAUCUGCGGUGGUCUACGGUGCUCAUGAUCUCAAGCGACCAUUUGCCUUUGACUCCUUCACGUCCGAAAAGGUACCUACAGAAAGGCUUCCUCAUGAGAUGAACAGCCAUUGCGACAAAAGGGCAAAGCGUGAAUGGUAUCGAAACCGAGCGCUUUCGUGUGAAAGUAGCUCAAGUAACGACACUGCGGAAGUGCGCGUAGCUCUAGACUUUGCUGAUACAGAUCCUUUGAGAAGCCGAAACAAUGCUUCGCCCACAAAUCCCACCCAAAGUACUACAUACCCGGUGCUGUCAUCUUCCUUGGAUCAGAGCAAGGGCAAUAACCCUCGCUGGAUUCUGCGGCGUCAGACCACAUCCAUCGGGGAUGCCUCGGUUAGUUCGAUACAAACGGAAGCGUCCGAUGUAAAACCCAGCUCCGUCGUUUCCAAAAACCAUACUCAUCCGCAUAGUGUAGCUAUGUCACCGCCGUGUUCUGGUGUCGUCGUUGUUGUACAAGAGGGAUCCGCAGUGGAAGUUACCCAAUCAAUGGAAAAUUUGACGCGUCACUUGGAGGAUUGGUCCAUUGCAAACGUGCGAGCUUUACGAGGUAGGAAUGUUGGUCCCUCGGAAAUGGACGCUACUGCUUUACACCCCACCAACCAUAGACAGCAUCGGCGCCAAGUCAAGCAAGCGAAGAGCUAUAUUAUGCGCUCUUUGCGGAGGUCAAGUAGUAAUACACACUCGAUGCAAACUUUGGAGUUCCCGCGUACAAGCGGUGUCAAUUCAUCAAUGAAAUACGACGAAGGAUGA